UCUUUCUAUCCCUUUUUUUUCCUCUCAUCAUAUUCUUGAAAAUUUUUAUUAUUAUUAUGAGGAUCAGGAAGCACUUCUUGUCUCUUUCUACUUCUAUAACUGCACCGAUUCAACCAUCGCCGCUGGAUCUUUCCAGCGGCGAUCGUCAAAAGCACGAACAGCAGUCGCUGCUCGUGGUGCAACGUCAAGAAGAAGUGCACCCAAAUGAUAACAAGCUGUCUACCUUGUCUGAUCCUUCAUCAAAGACUAAGGAGUUGGAAUCUGAGAAGAAAAAGGAAACAAUCAAGAUUGAUGUUACUGGCAAGAAAGAAAUUAGCAUCUUGUGUCCAGAAACAGAAACAAGCAGCAGUCAUGAUAAUGGUUUGUUUGAAGGAGAUAAUUAUAAACUGAUUCCAACAAAAAAGAGGAGUGAAAUAAGUAUUGGUAAAAGAGUGAAGCAUGAUGAUUUUGAUCAAGAAUACAAGGAGGGAAUAAUGACAAAGUCGAACACGAAGAAAAUCAAGAAGAACGAGAAGAGAGGGAAUGUGAUCAAGGAAGGUUCGAGGUGUAGUCGGGUGAACGGAAGAGGAUGGAGAUGUGGUCAGCAAACAAUUGUCGGGUACUCGCUGUGUGAGCAUCAUUUAGGCAAAGGAAGACUUAGAACCAUGAGUAGUCGUGUGCGUGGCCAGUCGCAAAAGAAUGCACCGAAAGAACAAGAGACAAUAAUGGGCAUGAUCAAAAGUAAGGAAAUUGAAACCAUAUUGAUAGAUGAUAACGAGCUUGAUGAAGAUGAUGUGGAGGAAGUAGAAUUAAUAUCAUCGUCUCAUCUUAUAAGUAACAAGAAGAAAACCGGUUGGUGUGGUGAAGGAAAGAUCGUUAAGCAGUUUGUUGAGCCAAAUAGAUAGUUGAUCGAUCAUGCAAAUUAAAGGAGUCUAGCUAGCUAGAAUGGCUUGCAGUAGGAUCAAUACAUAAUGAUCAAAAAGAAACACAGUCACAAUUAAUCCAAGAGUAGAUAGACAAAAUGCAUGCAGGUAUAUAUAUUUUUUGCUUAAUGGAAUUGAACUGGUGUUUAAUUAUAUAUAAAUGUGAUCUCCUAGAGAAACACUCGUAAUUAUUUUUA